CUCUCUCCUGCCUUGGCUGUGACGGUCCUGUCGGAUCGAACUGAACCCAGAAAUGGUGUAGGAUACCAGGGAAGGACCCAGCAAUCGACCCCCCGAGGAGAACCGCGCCAGGCCUAAGGUGGAAGACCUCAACAGACAGAGCAUGGCACACACAGUUUGCAGAGAGUUUGCCCGAGGGGUAGCCGUGGGUCAAAGGUGAGACGGCGGAACAGCAGCAUGGACGGCGAGCACGGUGCCGCCACCUCCAGCUCGGGCACCACGACAACCAACAACAACAACAACAACAACACCGCCACCCACACCACCAACAACAACAACAACAACAGCAGCAGCAGUGCGGCCAGUUCGUCUAGUUCAUCCAACUCAAGCACCACGACAACCACUACAGCCAACAGCAGUGCCAAUGGAGGUGCCAACGGGGGUGCCAACAGCAGCACCACCAGCAGCAGCGGCAACGGACCGGGCCGACAGACUCUCCCACAGAUCUCUGUUUACAGUGGCAUUCCUGACAGGCAGACGGUUCAGGUGAUCCAGCAGGCGCUGCACAGGCAGCCCAGCACGGCGGCGCAGUACCUGCAGCAGAUGUACGCGGCGCAGCAGCAGCACCUGAUGCUGCAGACGGCCGCCCUGCAGCAGCAGCACCUGAGCACCGCGCAGCUCCAGAGCCUGGCGGCCGUGCAGCAGGUGAGGACCCACCGCCUCCUCCGCCGCCACAGCCACAGCCACAGCCACAACCACAACCACAACCACCGCAGCCACGCCAAAGCACCACCACACCAGAUAACGCAGCCGCGAAACACCAACACGUCAGAGCAGCUGCAGCCAAACACGGCUGCACAGCAGGCCAGUAUUGCGGCAGGGAGGCAGAGUACUUCAUCCCCACAGACAGGAUCGUCUCAGGCCACAAUUAAUCUGACCACCUCUCCUGCGGCUGCUCAGCUCAUCAGCCGAGCCCAGAGUGUGAGCUCCACUCCGGCGGGGAUAUCCCAGCAGGCUGUGCUGCUAGGCAACCCCACAAGUCCCACCCUCACAGCCAGCCAAGCGCAGAUGUACCUGCGGGCCCAGAUGGCUCAGCAAAGUAACCUUGUGCAAGUAGCUAGGAGCCUAGGCCGUGCUGUUCCUUUGUCCCCCCAGCUCAUCUUCACCCCCACGGCCACCGUGACCGCCCUGCAGACCGACGGGGCAGCGCAGACCGCCUCCGCACAGGUGCAGAACCUGGCCAUUCGUAGCCAACAGGGGGCAGUGUCCUCUUCAUCCACUUCCUCCACCUCCUCCUCCUCCACCCUGACUCAAACCCAGGCGCUGCAGGCCCUGAGCCUGAAGCAGACCCCCAUCUCGAUCCAGCCCGCCGCCCUCAUCAAGACCCCGGGCGUCAAGUCCGCCCCCGCCCCCGCCCACGAGGCCAACCACCAAUCGGAGGCCGUGAAGAAGAGCGAGGGCGCCAUGGUGACGGAGGCGCGGGCCGUGAACAUGAGCCGGAGUGUGGGGACUGUUGGAGGACACCCACUCAUCGCACCUGCACUUGUUCGGUUGCUGGAGGAUUGCAGAAUUUGGUUAUCCUAUGCCCACAUCCAGCCGCACUCGCUGGUCAAGCAGCAGCCGCAGCAGUUUGUCAUCCAGCAGCAGGCAGCCCCCGCACCCCAGAGGACCGGGGCUCCCUCCGCCGCCGCCGCCACCACCACCACCACCCAGCUCCUGCAGACCGCCUCCAUCCAGCCCCACCUGCACGCCCAGCCACUCACCGUCCACACCUCCCACGUGGGUCCGUCGCCCGCGGGUCAACCAGGCCCGGUGCCCGUGCUGCCCAAACCGGCCUCCUCCUCCUCCACCUCCUCCUCCACCUCCCAGCAACAGAACCCGAGUCACAACCAGCACCUCCAGCAGAGCCACCCUGCCGCCACGCCCACGCAGCACGCCACCAUCUUCCACUCCACCGUCAGCCCCCACAUCCUGGGCCACCACCAGGGCCAUGCCCAUGCCCAUGGCCACGGCCACGGCCACGCACACCCCCAUACCCACGCUCACGCCCACAUCCAUGCCCACGCCCACGCCCAAGCCCUCAGCCAGGCCAAAGCACAGCCCGUUCAGCUCACCGCCAUCAACCUGCAGAUCCACCCCACGCCCAACCAGGCGUCGCGGUUGGCUCCGGAGUGUAAGGACAAGCCCACGUCCCUGGUGGUGAGAGAGAGCUGCCCGCCACACAGCUCCCAGCAGCCUGCCAACGCCUCCCCUCAGGGGGCCAAGCCUGCCGAGCAGCCCAAGACCGACACCCCCACCGCCGCACACCAGACACGAGCAGGAACCCCAGAACGGGCUAUCACCACACCAGCGACGCCCCCACCAACGAUGACUUCAGGAAAUGAUUGCGAAGCCCCCGCCGUAGUUGGCAGCACGGCGCAGAACGGGGAGAACAAGCCCCCUCAAGCCAUUGUUAAGCCCCAGGUCCUCACGCACGUUAUCGAGGGCUUCGUCAUCCAGGAGGGAGCAGAGCCGUUUCCAAUGGAGAGGCCGCCCGUUCAGAAUGACAGCCCAAAGAAACCAGACCAGCAGCUUCCAUCUGACCCAGAGAAGUCCCCGGUCCAUAACCUAGUCAACAACACCGAUUCAGAACCAGAGGAUACAAACCAACAGGAUAUGAAGGACCAGGAGGAGGAGCCAAAGUUGACCUGUGAGUUCUGCGGCUGGGUAGACUUUGCCUACAAGUUCAAAGGCACCAAGCGCUUCUGCUCAAUGGUGUGCGCUAAAAGGUAUAACGUGGGAUGCACGAAGCGGAUUGGUCUCUUCCACCCGGACCGAACCAAAACAGCAAGUCGCUGGAGACGCAGGGCUCACCGAGGACGCCCCAGCUCAGAUGCCAAGAAACAGAAACUGUCCACCCCUCAGCAGACACAGAGCGGCUCCAUCUCGUCUCCCAUGCCUUCCCAGCCCAGCCAGGGUGAGUCGAGUCCCUGCUCCGACAUGUCCAGCUUCGAGGAGCCCCCCUCGCCACUCUCCGUGGCCAGCUCGGGACCCCAGGGGCCUCAGAACGAGCCGAGCCCCGACCAGGAGGACGUCCACGGUCGGGAGCUUCCCCUGCUGCCCCAGCACUUCCUUCCCUGCGACCCCACCAGGUGGAACGUGGAGGAGGUGUACGAGUUCAUCCGCUCACUGCCAGGCUGCCAGGAGAUAGCGGACGAGUUCCGCUCGCAGGAGAUCGACGGGCAGGCCAUGCUGCUGCUGAAGGAGGACCAUCUCAUGAGUGCCAUGAACAUUAAACUGGGGCCGGCCCUCAAGAUCUACGCGCGCAUCAGUAUGCUCAAGGACUCAUAGCCCAAGAGUGUGUGUGUGUGCGCGCGUGUGUGUGUGUGUGUGUGUGUGCGUGUGCUGUGAGUUGUGUGUGCGUUAAUGAAAGCAUGUUGUUAUGACUAAAAAGGGCUCCAAGCCUUUGUAUGUAUGUGUAUGCGUGUAUGCAUGUGCAUUGUGCAUGUAUGAGAGUAAGUUGUGUAUGUCUGUGUGUGUGUGUGUAUGUCUGUCUGUGUGUGUGUGUGUAUGUGUGUGUGUGUGUGUGUGUGUGUGUUUGUGUGCCAUUGUGUAUGUGUGUGUUUGUGUGUGUAUAUCUGUGUGUGUGUGUGUGUGUGUGUGUGUGUGUGUGUGUGUGUGUGUGUAUCUGUGUAUGCGUGUGUGUGUGUGUGUGUUUGUGGGUGAGUGUGUGUCUGCACGUGUGUGGGCGGGAGGCCACAGCCCAGCAGCUCCGAGGAACACGACUGCACUAUGACUCUCUCUCUCUCCCCACCCCACCCUGCCCACGCCUCCGACUGGCUCUCCUCCCGCGGGUGCAUUAGCCGUGACCCCCCCCCCCCCCCACCCCACCCCGCGCGCGCUGCCAGGUCAUGGACGCCCACUCAGAGAACCCGCUUAAAGAACCGCCGGUAUGGAACUACCCUUGAAGAACUGCAAGGAAAGAGAAUGGCACAAGAAGUCCAUCGUGUGUUGAGAGGAGAAUGCUGUGUGCCUUGUCCUGUGAACUAAACAGAUCUGGUCCUAGGCAGGGGCACGGGGGGGAGGAGAGAGUACUGACCCAUAUGGGGAGCAGGGAGGUGGGGGAGGAGGGCUACUUUUAGCUCAUGUCCUCUGCAGCCAUGUAAUGUUAAGAUGUGUGUGAUUUUGCAUAAGUCCAUUUUUUUAUUCACUCAGUGCUUUUGUAUUAUAAAUAAAUUAUUUGUCUGUGUGUGUGCGUGCUUGUGUGUGUGUGUAUGAGAGAGAAAGAGAGAGAGAGAGAGAGAGAGAAAGACAGACAGAGAGACAGAGAGUGUUUUAAAAACUCAGAGAUUGGUGCUACCUAAAUAUUUUGAAAGUACUGCUUACUUGAUUCACACUCGCUACACCAUUGGGCAUGUGGCUUACUUCAUUUAGGUUUGAAAGGAAAGGCAAACAUGCAUUCCUGGUAGAAACCACAUGGAGUACAGGCAACCAAAAGCAUGCAUUCUCCUUGUAUUUCACUUGGCAAGGUGAGGCUCUUUCACCACGCACUCCUAUCAUUUCUCUGUGUUAUGCGCACUUAAAGACGAGUACACUUUGUCCACAUACUUAUUACAGCAAACCUAACCAUCUAAAUGCAAGGAUUAUGAGGUGGGGAAAAAACAAAAGCUCCAUCACCUCAAAGGCUUUAAAAAAAAAAAGUAGUGUUCUUGUCUUUCCCACACUCAUUGGUGCACUCCCUCCCACUUGUGAGUUCUGUCAGUGGGAAUCUACAGCGGGACUUUUUUGUUUCUGUUAGGCCCUUGGUGAUGAGAAGCGCAGCAGAGCUGCUCCACAUCGUAUUCCCAGACACUGACUCACCCAGCCAACACUCAGCCCCGACACACACUCCAUUAGGCCAGCCCUGAAGACAAAUUAGCCCCUUCAGUUAAAGGAGAAGCCAUUACAAGUGUGUGUGUGUGUGUGUGAGUGAUGGUGGGAGGUUGGGGGGGGUGGGGGUGUGAUGUGCCUUUUGUGGUGUGGCUUGACUUUUGCUUGAAGUUUCAUCAGAGGAAUGUGUGUAAGUACAAUGUACAGAUCACUUGUGAGAAAACUGAAUUGCUCGCAGCAUUCAAAUCACAUCAGAGAGUAUGUGUGUGUGUAUGAGAGAGAGAGAAAGACAAAGUGAAAGUCUUUAUACCUAUUUUGUUUAAAUUGUUUUGAUGUGCACAGUCAUUCUUUCCUAUUUGGUAUGCUAAUGUUUUGAUGUCCAAACUUGUAUGUAAGUAGAUGAGCUUGUGAUUAUGUAGAAAAUAAUGUCUUUUGUUGGUUAUGAUGCUUUGUGAAUUGCUGAUAUUUAUCAAACUGAAUUUGUAAUAUAACUUUUUCAUUGAAACAAUAAUUCUGAAAAAA